AUGCCCGAGGCUUCCACCCUAACGAAUGUUAGACAACAACCAGGAGAAUCACUGAAGAGCUACCUAGCGAGGCUCAAUAUAGAGGCGGCCCAAGCUCACAAUGUUGAUGACAGUGGUCAUCUUAUAGUAGUACGAGCUGGAGUACAACCAAGACGUCCUCUUUGGGACGACAUGCAAAGGAAGCCUGUAAGAAAAAUAGUUGAGUUCACCACUCGGGCUCAGAGGUUGGUCAAUGUAAAUGAGGCAAGGAUAGCACUUAAACUGGAUCCUUUGCCCUCAGUAACUAAAAUGACAAAUGUUAACUCCACCAUUACCUCGGCUACGCCCUCCACAACACAACUCUCAAGAGACAAUUCUUCUAAGAGAAAGAAGAAUGAAGGGAACAAUCCCGAGGCUGACGGGGGUAAGAAAAUGAAAGGAGAUAAACACUUCUCCAUUUUCACAGUAUACACCGAGCUCACAGAUACUCGGGAGAAUAUAUUUGUUGUGAAUAAGAAUCAGGUCCCCCUCAGGCGACCUGAUGGAAUGCGACAUCAGAGAACCAAUAGGAAUUCAAACAAGUUUGACAGAUUCCAUAGGGACGUAGGUCAUACAACUGAGGAAUGCAGACAAUUAAAUGAUGAGAUCGAAGGGUUGAUCUUGAGAGGCUACCUUGGACAGUAUGUCCGAAACUGGAACCAAGUCCAGGCUUCGCUUAGUUAA